GCUCCUCCGGUGACCCCUUACUUUUCCCCAAUUCUCCUCCUCCUACCGCUGCUGCCAGGUCUAAACCCUAACCCUAAUUUCCCCCCCUUCAAUUGCAACUUUCUUCCUCACCUUUUACCAGAUACUGUUCAAUUGAUUGCUAUCUGUGUCGUGAAUUGUUGUUUUUGUUUAGGGAUUUUGGAUAUUUUAUGCCUUUUGGUUCAAUUAGCUCUGCUGGAGCAUCAUCACCAGCUGUUGCCACCAAUGCUGGUAGUGCUGCAGACUGGUUAGGUCAUGGUCAGGGGUCGAAAGCUGGUUCACUUUCGCGAGUUAGCUCACAGCCCAUGUGGAUCUCGUUGAGUACGAGUGCGGGUGGUUCGGCUCUUGGUUCGUCGAAGCCUUCAUGCAGACCAUGGGAACGGGGUGAUCUUUUAAGACGGUUGUCUACUUUCAGUCCUGCUAAUUGGUUUGGAAAACCUAAGGCUGCUAGUUCACUUUCUUGUGCUAGACGAGGUUGGGUGAAUGUAGAUGUUGAUACGAUUCAGUGUGAGGCUUGUGGGGAAAAUCUGACAUACGAUGCACAAGAUUCAUGGGCUCGUACAGAAGGUGAAAACGGUGAAGAGUUUGCUAACCUGCUGGACGAAGGACAUAAUGCCACCUGUCCUUGGAGAGGAAACAGCUGUGCCGCAAGCUUGGUUCAGUUUCCUCCGACCCCACCAUCCGCUCUGAUCGGUGGUUACAAGGACCGUUGUGACGGACUGAUUCAGUUUCCGUAUUUACCCGUUGUGGCUAAUUCGGCUCUUGACCAGAUGAAGCUUUCUAGAGGUCUAGAGAUUGACCGAUUUCUAGCCCAGUCGUCUGGUUAUCCGGCAGACAUUAUGUCUGAUUCGGAAAUAAGCAUAUAUUUGCGUGCUCAGAAGUUGAUAAGUCUAUGUGGAUGGGAGCCGAGGUGGCUUCCAAACGUUCAAGAUUGCGAAGAGCAUUCGGCUCAAUCAGCUAGAAACGGUGGUUCGUUCAGUCCAAUUAAAGAUUACGACCCGUUACAAGAUCGAGGCCCAAACAAGAAACGUUUCUCUAACUCAACUAGAAAAGGCUCUCGAGUCAGGUCAAAGUUUGAAUCCGGAUCGUUGCUGCUGGAUUGUAGCUUAUGUGGCGCGACAGUGAGGAUCUUGGACUUUGUUCGUGUCAAUCUUCCCGCUCGUCUUGCUCCAAACAACAUCGAUGUUCCCGAAACGAGUAAAAAGAUGGCGAUAACGCGUGGAGUAAGUGCCGCUAGUGCCAUUAGCGGGUGGGUGGCUGCUGAUGGGGCGGAAGAAGAGCAGACAGAGGACGUUGAUGAAGCGGCAAAUUCGAACGUCAGGAUGGAUUUAAAUCUUACGAUGGGGAGUGGAUUUUCGACUGGUCACGGGCAUAAACGACCGAUAUCUGAAUUAUAUCAAGAUGUGAAUAUUGGUCGCGAUCUAGUCAUCGGGCAGCCAGCUGGCAGCGAGGUUGGUGACCGUGCAGCAUCAUAUGAAUCCCGAGGUCCCACUACUUUCAAACGGAACGUUGACGAAGGUGGGUCCACUGUUGAUAGACCACACGGGCUGAUUCGCCAGGCGGAUAGCGUCGAGGGUGUCGUCAUUGACCGUGACGGCGACGAAAUCAACGACAGCAAGACGUCCACAGGCCCGUCUAAACGAGCCUGCGAGUCGUCAUCCGGUGCAGGUCCCAGUCAGACCUUGUAUUUCGAUAUCGGUCAGGCCGGUCCGUCAAGCCAUGGCCAUGAACACGCAGCACGCGCUUCUUCUGUUAUCGCAAUGGAUACGAUUUGUCAUAGUGAAGAUAAUGAUUCUAUGGAAAGCGUCGAAAACCAUCCGGUGUUUAUCGAUGAGGUCAACUACCCGUCCACAUCAGCGAUUAACCCUGACCCGAACGAAACUUCCGACAUGAACCAAAGCAUCCAGGCUCAACAAAGCACGUGCCCGCCUGCGGUUUGGGUCAACAGUGAAAUAGGCGUUAGCAGCACUAACGAUGACGAAGUACUGAAUACCGAAACCGCCAGGGGUUACAUGCGGGACCGGGACGGUCCUAGCUUGGCGGUUAGUGGCGGUAGUGUCGGAAUGGCUGCGAGCCAUGAAGCGGAGAUUCACGGUUUGAUUCAUAGAACUGAAAGUGUUGUUGGUGACAUGGAACCGGUUACUGGUGUGACGGAGAAUCAAGGUCAAACCGGUGAGUUUGUUCCGGAAGAAAUGCAACAAGAAUAUUCCGGAAGGGGGGAUAGUGGGUCGAAGGUUGUUGGUUCGGUUAAAGGUGAAUCGGUUGAGAGUGGUGAGAAAACUAGUGAUUUAAAUCUGUUACCACAUGAACAAAACUCACACCCUUCUCUUUCUUGCAACGCGGUUGUAUAUUCGGGCCUUGAAGUAUCAAAAGAUGAAGUGAUGCAGGCCCGUAAGUCGUCUCCUAAUGAAGAAUAUGGGUACCCAAGUUAUCCACCAGCAAACGGGUUAGGGCCGCCAAAUGGAGAAAGCAAGUUUGAAGAACCUGUUGAGUUUGAUCCAAUCAAGCAUCAUAAUUUUUUCUGCCCUUGGGUUAACGGUAAUGUUGCUGCAGCUGGUGUUAUCAACAGUAAUAACGGUGCUAGUUCAAGUUCUAGUGCUUUAGCCCUUUGUGGGUGGCAGUUAACUUUAGAUGCUUUAGAUGGCUUUCAAGGGACUGAACAAAAUCAAACGGUUGAAUCCGAAUCAGCUGCGUCUCUGUACAAGGAUGAUCAUCAAGGUUCUGGUAAAAAACUCAUGGCACGCCAUUCCUUCAACAGAAACCGUGGCCAAAGUUAAAAAUAAAUAUCCACUGUCUUGUGCAGCCGUAGCUACAAGGAAAACUCGACAACUCUUUCCAAGGCUCGUUAGACAGAGUUAACCAUUUUAGUUCCUAGUAUUUAUUAGAACCAUCAGAAUUAUGAAUGUCUUUAGUGGUAUAAUUAAUAUUGCUAUUUGAAUUUUUCACCUUUGUUUCUUCUUUUGAUGAUCCGUUCGAAUCUAUUAUGAUGUGAAGAGAUUUUUGUGAUUUAUAGAAGUAUAAAGUGGACUCGGUUUCGGCUGAUAGGAUGAUGAUGAUGAUGAUGUAGCAAGAAUAGAACUGAAAUGAUUAAUUGUUUGUGUAUUUGACUCGACUUGUUUACAGUGUAUUUUGAGGUUUCUUUGAUCAAUUAGUGACUGGUAACUUGGUGUUCAAGUUU